AUGGCGACUCACCCGAGAUUGGUAAACAAACAGUUCAACUCCCCGAUUGGCUUGUAUUCCUCUCAAAAUGUACAAGAAAUUUUAGAAAAGAAUACACAAAUUUUAGCCAACGGCGCAGUAGGUAUCGAUUUUCACGAUUCUAACGUUGGAAAGCCGGCAAAUCUUCAAAACUCGGCAGUCCUACGUAUGUUAGAAGAAGAAGAAAAUAGAAGAAGGAAAGGGUACGCACCAGGAGCAGGAACAGCACCAAAAAGGGUAGCGUGGCCCCCACCAAACGAAUCAGGACCGGAUAGUCCGUACAUUGAACAGAACGCAGUAUCAGGACAGGGCGGCCCUCAGUACCCCUCCCAGUCGCCCAAUCUGCUGCAACGCCAGCCACUGGCCGCCCCUAACCAGCCGCCGGCCACCCCUAACCAGCGCGCGAUUCUCCAGCCCCUAGACGUCUCCCUUUCGGCCUCAUCCCCCCUACCUUCCCCCACCCUCAAUCAGAGCCCCCGGGCGUUCAAACCCGCCCAACCCUCCGCCCCAGCCAGACCGUGGGCACCCGUGAGCCGCCCGGCAGCGCAACAGGUGCCUCAAGGCCGCCCGAGCGAGCUAUCCCCGGGCGUGCAAGUUUGCCCCUGCCCUGAGCCUUAUUAUCCCGUGCCUCGGCCGCAGGUUUGCCCUAGUCCGGUUCCUUAUUCCGUUCAGUCGCAGGCUCAGGGGGCGCAUUCUCCUGGAGUUCAGGUGUUGGGUAGUCCUGUGCCGUACGCUCGGGCUCCUGCUUCUCAGGGUUUCUCGAUGCCUCAAGGUGCUGCGGCUCAGUCUGCACCCAAAGUACAGGCAUCAAGGCCCUUCGAACCACCUCCGUCUACUAUCACCCUUCGCCCUCAAGCUCCAGUGAGCCAGGUUUCUCCACCAGUGUAUGCUUCUCAACCAGCCACGGCUACUAUAAAAGUUAAAGUCAGCGCCAAGCAUUUGCGGGGUGACCAGAAAUGGCCUCCCGAGGGCGUGAAGGAAAAGAUGUCGCGAGAAGCGGAAAACCUAAACGCUAGUAAUAGUUUCCUUUCUCUUCAAGGUGGCAAGCACCUGCGCGGCGACCUAAAAUGGCCGCCGGAGAACGUGAAAGUGCAGGCCGAAGAGGAGAACCGGUUGCGGAUCGAGCUGGCCAAAGGGCCGGUUUGCAGGCCGAGGAGGCCCAACAAGGAUUACACCUCGUUUUUCGCGCAGAACGCGCUUAAUUCCACGUAUCCCGGGUACAAAAUACCGCCCGGCACGCAAUUCUUCAGGCAGUUUUAG